AUGAGCCGUUUGCGGACCACGAUGCCUCAUGCCUUGGACUCACGUAGUCUCACUGUUCAUAAAGGGCCCAUUAACCUCAUUGCUCUUGUCUCCUUCCACACGUGUGUGCUCGUGCGGUCGUGCCUGUACUGUUAG